AUGGAUUACUUUAUGAUCACCACCGAGGAACUCAAAUCAUUCCAUGCAAUAGAUAGAGAGAUCUUCAGCAGGCUGGUCAUCAAUCUCCGGCGAGACGUCGCCGUAUCAAUGCGUGUGAUUGCAUUCUGGAUAUGGCUGGAAGAGUUGGGAUACCCCAACAUAAUCUUGAAGAUGUUGCCGCUACCAGACUCARUGGUUAAUGUAUUAGCAGAAGAAGCAGCUUCUUGCUUGAAUUAUGUCUCUGUGAACGUGACUCGUCCCAGUUCGCGAAACAGCAACGAUACUCCCCUGACUUCUGGGCUCAUGAAYAGGAAYAUUUCUUUCCAGCUUGUCCAUGAGCGCAGGAUUUCUGCAGUUCAAGCCAUCACGAAGACGGUUAACGAUGUCUUGGCAAGAGCUUUUGAGGAUAUCGCGCAGCAGGCAAGGGCAAGUGGGUCGUCUGGUUCUGGUCGAAAUGUGGUUGCUGGAGAGUCAAGCUUGAAUCCCCGCGCCCAACCAUGGAAACCCAACGCUCAGGUCUCUCAUGACGAUCGAACCAUAUUUAUUACAUUCUCCCGCGGAUACCCAGUUGGCGAAAGUGAAAUUAGGGGAUACUUCAGCAGACGGUUUGGUGAGUGUGUGGAGGCCAUCCACAUGCAGGAAGUGGCUGUGAACGUCCAACCUCUAUACGCGAGAAUGGUGUUGCGAUCAGCUUCGACAAUGGCUGUGAACGUCCAAUCUCUUGAUCUUAAUCUCCCUAGCCCGUUGUUAUAUCAUAGCCUCUUUAGAUAA